AUGAGUACACUCAGAUAUUGCUUCUUUGCUGUUCUGGUUCUCAGUAUUUCACUUCCAUUUGUUUUCUAUGCUGUCAAUUUGCAUGCACAAAAAUCUCUUAGGAGGUUGAACUUCAUGCUGAGUUCAACUUUAGCAGAAGUCUGUAAAGCACUUAUUGAAGAUAAGGCGCCCUUUCUGAAGGAAAAUGCUUUAAAAACAUCAUUCAGAGAAUCCAGUUGCACAGAGUACAUUGCGCAGAACCACUACAUUACCAGCACCCUCUCGGCCGAGGAGGCUGCCUUUCCUAUUGCCUACAUCAUGACCGUGCACAAGGAUUUUGAGACCUUCGAGAGGCUCUUCAGGGCAGUGUACAUGCCCCAAAAUGUCUACUGUAUCCACGUGGAUGCCAAGGCACCAGCCCCCUUUCAACAGGCGGUGCAGCGUCUGCUGGGCUGCUUCCCCAAUGCCUUCCUUGCUUCCCGGGUAGAGCGGGUGGUCUAUGGUGGUGCCUCCCGCCUGCGGGCUGACCUCCACUGCAUGAGAGACCUGCUGGCCUCAGCCGUGCCCUGGUGUUACCUGCUCAACACCUGCGGCCAGGACUUCCCCUUGAAGACCAACCGGGAGAUUGUCCAGCUGCUGAAGAGCCUCAGAGGGAAGAACAUCACCCCUGGGGUGCUGCCGCCCCCCCACAUCACCACCCGCACUAAAUAUGUGCACAGGGAGCAAUUAUACUCUUUCUUUUCUUUCAUGCUACGGACAUUUGUGCCCAAGGCACCCCCACCCCACAACAUCACCCUCUACUUCGGCUCCGCGUACGUGGCUGUCACCCGACCCUUCGUGGAGUUUGUGCUGCAGGACCAGCGUGCCAUUGAUCUGCUGGCGUGGUCCGAGGACACCUACAGCCCCGAUGAGCAUUUCUGGGUAACGCUCAACAGGAUCCCAGUUCUUUGA